UUUAAAAUAAGGAGACCGUAAAUUUUGUAGCGAAACGCCUUUCUACCUUAAACCAGCAUCACUUUCGGGAGGGUAACAUAUACAGUGACAGGAUAUACAGACAAUUAGAUAUUCAUGAGGAUGUUUAGGCUAGCUGUUGCAUCCGUGGCUAUUUUGUGUUUAAACCAAGUUGUUGCUGAUAACCAUGCCUGUGACACUGAAAGUAAAAAAACUGAAGUAAAUAAUCUAGUGGACGGGUUAGGACAAGAUCUAGCAUCAAUCAUGAAUAGCCAAGCCUCGCAAAUUUUGACAGCUGUCUGUAAUACUUCAGAGACAGAUGGGGCCUACAAAAAAAUUAAAGAUAUUGAAACACUGGUUGGUCAAUGUCGUGCACUCAUUGAAACUACAAACUUGACGACUAUUAACCUUGGUGGUUUAACAUUCAAGGACAUGUUUGAACGUUUUUCUAGCGUCGAUAAUUUUUGUGGAUGUAAACAAGCCCUUAUAAUGGCAAACGCAAUGAACAUGUUCACAAAUACGUUAAGAAGCAGCCCGACGGGAGCUAAAUAUCCUUUCAUACAAGUUUCAGCUUUGUGUUCAGAUGACACCGCCAAAGGGGCUGUUCGUACUGUGUCAAAGGACAUCGGGAUGUGUCCGCAGGUUUGGAAAUAUGCUGAAUUACUGAAUGAUAACAACGUCAAACUUAUGCAAAACUUUGUUGAAAAUGAAUGCAGUAAACUGAAUAACGCAAAUUUCACAUGUGCUGUGGAGCAGUCCAAGACGGACACUUUCAAAAACUGUAUUAUGGAGGCAGACAAAUCGGGUGAGGAUCGCGCUUGCGAGAGAAGAGAUUGUGCGGCAAAAUUUGAGUGUGGUAAAGGUUCAGUUUGGUACAUGUUGGCAGUGAACAUGGAAAAGAACGGCAAGGAUACAUUCAGUACAGAUGCGUGCAAUGGCGUGUCGUCUGCUGUAGCGUCCAUCAGCGUUCUUCUGCUUGGCGCGCUUUUUACAGUGCUUCUUUACUAAGAAAAUAUUUAGAUAUGUAAUGUUUAAGUGUGAUCUAAAGUGCAUGUUAUGCACAUCUUUGGUUAUUGUUUGUUUCAUAAUUUUUGUUAGUCGUUCAAGAUGAAAAACCUUCAUAGUAUCAGUGUUUUGUUCAAACAGAAGAUAGCUUAAACUUACAUUACAAUACAUGCACCUUGAAAGAGCAGUAUUUUUUCUGAGAUAUUUCAAGACAUUUUGUUAAGUAAUCAGCAGCGACGUUGAUAGUUUUUUUUUUAUUUUAUAACGCCAACUAUAACACUGUUACAGAUCAUAUGCAAGGAUUGAAAAACAACAAAAAACACUUGUUUGCAUUGGUUAUAUGCCUUUAUAAGCAUUUGAAUGACGUAACGUGAUAUAGAUACGGCGAAAAACAGCACGUAGGGUUCGUUAAAUUUCACGUUUGAUAUUCUUUAUAGAAAUUAAUAUUGCUUCCAUCUGAUAUGUAAUUUUACAAAUUAGACAGCAACGUGUUAUAAUCUUAAUAAACAGCCAACAUAAAAAUGUUCCCGAAUAGUUUAAAUUUUAUUGCUUACAUACAAACCACCAAAGAUGUUCAUAGCAUAGCAUAUCAUAUCUUUUCUAUAUUCAUAUAAUAUAUUGUAACAGUUUAUGAUUUUAAAUUCUUAUUUGUAUAUAAUAUUGAUUUGAAUAUAGUCAUCAUUUUUUCAUGCAUUAUUCGAAACAAGGGAAUGAAUGCGUGCAU